UGGUCACAUUGUUUUAUCCGCAAAGUCAUUCCGGCGUCAAGUCACUGUCAUUUAUUUAUACGUUGAGCUUUAUUGAGCAAAAUAGAAUAAAAGAAACAUGUUUCUGACCCGCUCCGAGUACGAUAGAGGUGUAAACACCUUCUCGCCAGAGGGACGUCUCUUCCAGGUGGAGUACGCCAUUGAAGCCAUCAAAUUGGGAUCUACUGCCAUUGGAAUAUGCACACCAGAGGGCGUGGUUUUGGCCGUGGAGAAACGCAUCACAUCGCCGCUCAUGGUCCCUAGCACAGUGGAGAAGAUUGUUGAAGUGGACAAGCAUAUUGGAUGCGCCACUUCUGGACUAAUGGCCGAUGCCCGUACUUUGAUCGAGCGUGCCCGUGUCGAGUGCCAGAACCACUGGUUUGUCUACGACGAGCGCAUGUCCAUCGAAUCCUGUGCCCAGGCUGUGUCUACACUGGCCAUCCAGUUUGGUGACAGUGGAGAAAGCGAUGGAGCUGCCAUGAGCCGUCCGUUUGGAGUGGCCAUUCUAUUUGCCGGCAUUGAGGAUGGGCAGCCGCAGCUUUGGCACAUGGACCCAUCCGGCACCUUUGUGCGUCACUCGGCUAAAGCCAUAGGAUCUGGCAGCGAGGGCGCUCAACAGAACCUACAGGAUGAAUAUCACUCGCAGAUAACACUGAAGGACGCCAUUAACCUGUCGCUUAAGACGCUGAAGCAGGUUAUGGAGGAGAAACUGAACUCUACUAACGUCGAGGUUAUGACCAUGACCCCCGCAGAUAAGUUCAAGAUGUUAAAAAAGGACGAGGUGGAAAAGUACAUCAGCGAUUUGGCGUAAAAGCGUAAAUACUUUUAAUUGGUUAAUUUGAAACGUACAUGUGAAUAAAUGGAUUCUAAAUCGAUCUGAGAGAGGGUA